UGCUUACGCACUUGUUUGGUGCAAGGUACAGUAAAUACUGCCACCGUCGCGGUGUCUAUGAUGGAGAAAAUACCCCCGCUCUGAGGUGUUCGUGCGUCCCCGUUGGAGAAGAGAACAUAUUGACAGCCCACGGGGCGCACGCCGAUAUGACAGCAUCGGCGUGACGCCGCCGCCGCCGGGCCUUCAACGUGCUCUACGCCGCCGCCGAAAAAAAUGCCCACGGCGCACACCUCUACUCUACAUAUGACUUCAUGUUCAAAGAUGGCGGCUACGAGUGCUGUGAAGUCGCUGCGAAAUCUGCCGUAUAUUGUUGUUUUAGGUGCUACAGGAACUGGAAAGUCUAAACUGGCUAUUGAGAUUGCAUCGGCAUUUAAUGGUGAAAUUAUCAGUGCUGAUUCUAUGCAGGUGUACAAAUCACUCGAUAUUACAACUAAUAAAGUGACAGCUUCGGAGAGAGCCGCCGUGCCACAUCACAUGCUCGACUUUCUAGAUCCACUGAGCUCCUUCACAGUGGUUGACUUCCGAAACGGAGCGCUCCAAGUCAUAAAAAAUUUGACGAAUCAGGGAAAGCUGCCCGUUAUCGUAGGUGGAACCAAUUACUACAUCGAAUCCUUGCUGUGGAGUGUACUAGUCAACCCUGAGGCGUUGCCACAAGACCAACUUGCUUCACAGAGAAACGAAAUUUCCGUAUCCAAAAUAAUCAACUCAUUCCUUACUCACAAUGACUGUAUAAACCAAGCCGACGAAGCUUCUCUCAAGUCAUUCCUGUCCAGAGCUGGACAGAACAAAAGCUCCGAACUCUCUACCGAGGACCUUUAUCAAUGCUUGAAACUCGUCGACCCACUCAGGGCGGGAAAGAUUCACCCCAAGGAUAGAAGAAAAAUCGAAAGGAGUCUUCAAGUAUACCAGACCCAUAUGCAACCUCACAGCAAAUUUAUUGAAGAACAGCAAACCCUUAGUGGGGGCAGUUCGCUCGGAGGCCCACUACGAAAUCCGAGGACGUGCAUACUGUGGCUGCAAUGUGACCAAAAAGUGUUGGAUGACCGCCUGGACUCUAGGGUGGAUGACAUGAUUGCCCAGGGUCUUCUUAAGGAAAUGCAAGAUUUUCAUAGUGACUACAACGCAAAUAGGAUAGCUAAUAAUGUUAAACCCGACUAUACGACGGGCAUCUUCCAGUCCAUCGGCUUCAAGGAAUUUCACAGAUACCUUAUGAUGAAGGAAGAGGACCAGAAGUCUGAGGCAGGAGAGAAGCUCUUCAAAGAGUGUUUGUGGCUGAUGAAACAAGUCACAAAAAGGUACUCGAGGUACCAAAAGAAGUGGAUUAUGCGUCGUUUUCUUGGCACCCCUGACAGAGACGUUCCGCCGCUCUACGGUCUCGAAGCAACGGACGUUUUGCAAUGGGACGAAAACGUCAAGAAACCCGCGUUAGCAAUUGUUCAGGAUUAUCUUGAGGGUAGAGAACCUAUCCACGCACCUCUUCCAUCAAUAGGUGGCAACGAGAAUGUACACAAGUUGUUCACCUGUGACGUCUGCAAUGUUACAGCUCUCGGGAGCAUAGUGUGGCAGACACAUUUACAGUCAAGGAAACACUAUAAGAUGACAAAGAGAUUGCGUGAACAGCAGCAAGCAGCGAAUAUGUCAGUAGAUCAACACCAGAAGAUUGCAUCAUAGCUGCUCCUUUAUACAUUUCAGGUCUACAGCAUUGGAAAGCACCUCCGAUGCUCCAGAAAGUAUUUGUAAUAAAUCGUGACCUUAUCGUA